GCGAAUAAUUACCAAUGCACGCUUUUUCGGCGCUCUUCUGAUAUGGAGCCAGAAUCCAUUAAGACAAUGUGAUUUCAGUGAAUGGCCGACAUUUCUCUACUGGUCAUCGCAUAUUGGGCAGCCUGACUUCCGCUCUUGAUGCCAAAUACGCGCAGAUGACAUAUGGGGAGCACUACAGAAAAAAAGUUGAAGCUGCUUUGGAGCGUGAGCGCCAGCGAUGUGCUGACGUUUUGAUCGAGCAGAAGAAAAAAGCUUCCGAACAGAAGAAGUUGACAUCGACAAUGAAGACACCAGUGUCCUCUCGAUUUGGAAUAAGACCUCGGCCUCGAUAUGAUUUAAAAGAAUUACGUCAUCAUCAAAGGAGAUGCGCAGCUUUGCUUUUCAGAGCAAGGGAACAAGGCGCACAUAAAUUACCAGUUUUGGUCCAGUGGGCCCCCAAGCGACGUGAAAGUUAUUAUCUAAUGAGUGAACGUGUGUACAAUGAUCGUGUUUUGAUGAAGAUGAGGGCAGACGCUGGAGACAGCCCUCUUAACUUUGACUUUGCAAACACCGACGGUGAAACGGACAAUCUACAUGAUUUUCAAGAAUUAGUUACUAAAACUUCCGAGGAAAUCAAAGGGUUGAGCUUUGAUAUUGAUACGAAGUUCAAGGAUUACGAUUAUGACUUCAGUGAGAAUGAAGAGGGAAAUCAACAAAUGACAUAUGACAAAGACAGGAAUGGAACCGAAGAAGAAGUUGAAAGAGGUAACGCAGAGAAAGGUCGGCGUAAAGUGGUGUUCAGUGAUCACGUAACGGAGUCAGACAUCGAUGCUAUCGACGCCAAGUCCCUCGCACGGUCCAAGCGGAGGGGACUGACGCAAUUAAACAAGGGACUGGACCCAAGCGAUAUUGACCUAAGUACUGAUUCUGGAGACGAGGUUCUUGAUGGAGAGUACGAUUCAGCGGACGAACAAAGCGCAGAUUCACCCGGCCUGAGAUUAAAAGAUUCUAACAAGUCAAAUCGUUCCAGGAAGUCUCGUAGAAGGUUGUCUAGCCCGGAUUUAUUGUCUCUUUUACAUGGAAACUCGGGCGACGAAUACAGCAGUGAUUUUAUGUCUGACGACGAUUCAGAAGCAAAACAGUCUUGUGACGAGGGUGGUAUACGGCCAACGGAGAAUGGGAAGAAGAAUCCAACCGGAAAAAGGCUCCACAGAAAUAGACAUUGUAAACAUACACUGAAACAAAAAGCGCAAGAUUACUUCAAUAAAUUACCCAAAUUACUCAAAACAGCGGAGCUAAGGGCUAAGCUUCCAGCGAAAUCAAGAGAAACAAAAAUAGACAAAAUUGGCAGUGAAGUUGACCACACAUGCAUGGAGCAACAUAAGAUGGCUUAUGACAGGGCUCUGGCCUUAGCCAGAUUUAGGUCUCUUCCAUUUAGUUACUCACUCCUUUCCCAUGAAAUUAACAGAAUGAACUCGUUUUCGUAUUUUUCUUACCUCCCUGGAAACCAAAAACCACCGGAAGAUGAAGAACAGGGGGAAAAUAAGUUGCCGAAGAAGAAACAGGCGCAACCCUCACGAAGCGGAAGGGAGGCAAUAUUUGGCGAUAUAGACAUGGACGAUUUUUACAAUCAAGAAGAUGAACUUGUCUAUUAUGUUAAAUCCGAAGAGUUGAAAAACGUCGUUGCAUCCACAACAACUGGCGAUGAGAGCAGUAGAGUUGAAGACGAUAUUUCUUCUCGGUCAGGAACUACCUACACCUCGAGGUCUAACACAGUGAAACCCUACUCCACUCUUGGGUCAGAAAAUGAAUUCUGAGCUCAUAUCAGUUCGAAAUGUUUUACUCUGCAACUAGACUCGCCUGAGGGACCGGUGAUUAUUUAUCACGUGGGGGAGGUCGGCCGGAGGUUUUUUGGCUGAGUCACAAUAAAAUUUACCAAAAUUCCCCCUUAAGGUCUCUGAUGUACCUUCCUCACUGGCAGUCAACUUUCUAUAACCCUGAAAACCAUGUGGUCCCCCCAGAGUCCUCCGACCCCUCCCCUCCCCUCCCCUCCCGGGUGAUAAACAAUGACUGAAGGUUUGAUUCUUUCCAUAUAAAGCGGGUAGAGCAGAAAGGUUUUUGCACAAAAGAUCAAAGGCAACACUGCUCGCAGGGUGAAAACGAUUGUAAACUGAGAGCUUAUUUUAUAGUUUUGCACGGUUUCCAAAAUGGUUUGAACUUUACUGUCGGGUCAAUUUAAUUUAAAGAAAUUGAUAAUUUUAUGAUUACAAGAAAGAAUGUACUCAUGAUUAUCAACUUGUUUUAAACUUGUUUAUGUUAUGGAAAGUUCUUAAUCGAUAAAGCAUAAUUUUUCCAGUUUAUUUUCUUGCAUCUUCCACAUACGAAGACGUCAAGGGUAGCCCUAUCUUUUCAAGAGGCAAACGUGUCAAGGAUGGACGGUUUCAUGUUUUCAGGAACCGACAGAUUUCAUCCUUCAUUUUUCUUCGAUUUGUCCAUUUCCCUUGUUCUAAAAUUGAUAGAUAUGUUGAUUGAUUUCAUUCCCCUG